GUGGGGCCCAAACACAUGAACCCCGAGACCGUGACCUGAGCCGAAGUCAGAUACUUAGCUGACUGAGCCACCCAGGCUCCCCUGCACAACCAUUUUUUUUAGCAGCUACUGUGUGCUAGGCAUGGCCCCAACACCCACGCCUGAGUUCAUGCUCACGGCGAGCUGAUGAGGGGCCAUUAUCAUUCCCAGUUUGCAAAUGAAGCAGACCGGAGAGACUGGGACACACACCCUUCCCCCACACCCCCCACCACCAAGCACGGCACACAUCCUCCCCCCCCCCCCCCCCGUUCUGCAGGGCCCUGUGGGGAGGGCUGCUGCUGCUUCUGACUGCCCCCCAGAGCUUGCCAGAACCGUGUCGGGCCCCUCCUCCCUUCGGCAGGUGCCAUCCUCUGCCCCCACAGCCCCACGAUGGUCCCUUGACACGGAGACCUGGGAGGAAGGACUGGCCCAGGCUCUGUUCCCUCCAACUCCCAGAAUCACCCCUUCCCUUUUGCUAAAGAGACAGGCAGAGGGUGAGGGACAGUUUCCGUCAAGAACUUCAGCUCAGACCCCCAACCUGGGGAUCUAGGUUGGAGCCCACUCGCCCCACCGUUACCCAGCAGGUGUGAUCCAAACAAGUCCAUUUUCCUGGUGUCUUAACCUUCCUCGCUGGCAAAUGGGGUCAAUAAUUGACCCUCAUCAGCGCGCCUGGCUGGCUCAAGUCACUGGAGCACGUGACUCUUGAUCUCAGUGUUGUGAGUUCGAGCCCCACAUUGGGUGUAAAGAGUACUUAAAAAAGUAAAACCUUGGGGCGCCUAGGUGACUCGGUCAAGCGUCUGUCUCCUGAUCCCAGCUCAGGUGAUCUCAGGGUCUUGAGUUCAAGUCCCGCCUUGGGCUUUACUCUAGGUGCAUAGCUCACAUAAACAAACUUAAAAGAAAUAAUCAUCCUACUUUCAUGGCAUUGUUAGGAGAUAAAAAUAAGACAUUUCAGGAUCCUUGGUGUCUGGAAUCUAGAAGGUGUUAGGUGAAUGUUGUGGUUGCUGGGGGUGCGGUGAAGUCGGAUUGUUUUGAGGGCUGCAUCCUUCCUGGGCUGGGGCUCUGGCAAGAACGGGUCGGGCUCUGCCCUCUGGAAGGGGUUGUUAAACCCCUAUAGCCAGGAAGGAAUACUCGGGGACUAUUCACACCAGGGCCAUGUAGACGGGAUCCUGAGUGAUGGCAAGGAAGGGAAGGAUGUUCCAGGCACAGAAGUGCAGAGGUGGGCAGAAUCACUGGUCGCUGGGUACAGCAGAAAGAUGAUGGAGACUGGCCAGAGCAAAUAGUCUUGGGUGGGGGGAAUCGGGACCAGAAAGCAGGCUAGAGGGCCACAGGGCCUCAUCCUGCCCAAGCCAGGGCUGCCGGAUGAGAGGGGCUUCCUCUUGAUUCUGGAAGCCCUAGGGAACCACUAACCAACUCAGGGAGGGCUCCAUGGUUGCAAGCAUCCAGCUGCAGCUGGGAAAUGGGUUGGUGGGCAGAAGCGAGGGUGGGAAAGGGGACAGACUGAAGAGCUAUGUAGGUGAGGACAGGAGAGCCCUCCGGGAAGUAGAUCCACAGAGGGUUCUUGAAUGAUGCAGAGGCCUCUUCCAGCCUCCGUCUUUCCUCUUCAGUGUACAACCUACAAGAGCUGUGGUUAAGGGGGCACGCAUUCUCCUUGGGGGGAGGAGGAAGCAGAGCAGCCCCCUGGGGGAGGGGACGACAAGGGCGCUCCCAGCGGAUCGUCAAGAUGAGCUCUGGCUGAAGGCCCACCGCCACUCAGAGAAGGUGCUCUGAUAACCCACCCACGUCCUUGCCAUGGCAGCCCGGGCCUCUCUUCUCCCUCCUUUGGGAGCCCAGCGGGUACCGUCGGGACGAGCAGGGGCGGGGCCCGCGAGUGGUUAUAGUCGGAUCCACGGCGCUCCGGCUCCCCGUCGCCGCCGCAGUCCCGCAGGGCGCCGAGACUCGGUUGCGUUAGUUCCUGGCCUGCCCCGCCGGGCGGCCGUUCCCGUGAGCAUCCUGGCGCGGGGCACGGGGGUGCGGGGCCCUGCGGGCCGGCCGGUGCUCGCGUUGUUGCUGCUGCUGCUGUCGCUGCCCGCUGACGCCUGGUACAAGCACGUGGCGAGUCCCCGCUACCACACGGUGGGCCGCGCCGCGGGCUUGCUCAUGGGGCUGCGCCGCUCGCCCUACAUGCAUCGCCGCGCGCUGCGCCUCGCUGCCGGACCCGUUGCCUCGGACACCCAGGGCCUGGGCUCGUCCCCGCAGGAGCCAUCUGCCAGAGACACCCUCCGUCCGGCGCCCGUCCCCCGAGGUGCUCUUCUGCUGCCCUCUGGGGUUCGGGAACUGUUGGAGACCGGAAGGCACUCGCGCGCAGGGCUCCGGGUCAGUGCGCCUUGGAGCUGGCGCCACCCCGAGCGCGCGCCCGAACUGGAGCCAGGGCUCCUCCGCGGAGCAGGCCAGAGCCUUUGGAGAGUCUCCUGUUCAGCCAUGGUCUGCCCAGAGAACCGCGUUCGCCGGACCCCACCUCUCCAGGGCUAUCCUGAGCGCAGCCCCUGCUGGCAAUGCCCUUUCUCCUGA